AUGUCUCCUUCCCCCUCCAGCAGCCCUAGGCCAGCGGCCCCAGAGAGGAAUGGAGGAGCAGGCCAUGUGCCAAGAGCACGAGGAGGAGGUCAACAUCUACUGUGUGACCCACAGCGUGCCCACCUGCUCCAUGUGCAAGGUGUUUGGAGCCCACCAGGACUGUGAGGUGGCGCCACUCAAAAGCAUGUACCAGACACAGAAGACGGAGUUGACUGACGGGAUAGCGAUGAUGAUGGGGAACAACGACAGGAUCCAGGGCAUCAUCAGUCAGUUAAAGGAGACCUGCCAGACCAUAGAGGUGACUGGCCCAGUGUGGCAGCACCUGUCUUUCUGUCUCUGUCUGUCUGUGUGUCUCUCACACAGCCAGACAACUGAAACCAGGAUGUUACUGUAAUCAGCCCC